ACCAACAGGGACAUCCGUGGCAAUAUAUGGGGCCACAGUCAAAAUUGUUGCUGUUUUUACGCCCAUGAAGUCGUACGGGUCAGGGAGGACGAAAUUUGUCUCAAAAUUAAGCCACUCCGGGUCUGAUUGCAGACAGUAGGAGGUUAUCCAUAAACCAAUUUAGUCAUGCUGACGCGGGCCGUCCACCUGUUCGAAAAGCAUUUCGGCGGGCGAAUACAAGAUCUUAUACGACAGAAGCCUAUCAUCACGGCAACAAAUUUGAAACGGGAGCAUUUGGAGGAGCUGGAAUGGCUUAUCAGCAAUCCCCAAAAGGGCUUAGAGAGCUCCGAUGUCCGCACAAUUGGCUCUCAACCUUACAACAUGGUGGCAUCCUUACGUGACAAAAAGGCCGAAAAGGCGUACUUUGACGGGGCUUUGGCAUGCAUGCGUGAGCUUCGAGAAGGCAUUAGCUCGAGGGAUGCAGGACUUGCGGGAGAAGGUGCUGAGCAUGCAUCGACCCUGCCUGUGCUUGGGCCACUCGACAAGCUUCGACUGGAGCUCGACGAGAUCUUUCCCCAAGGCGCCACCGUGACGAAGCACCCCAAGGACGGGCGGCCUUUCGUGGCGGGGUUGGCGCGGGUCAUGCAGGGGCCCACGAGGCAUUUGGAGGGCUUUAUCCACUGCGACGACAUCCAUCCUCUCUCUCCAGACGAAGGCCUUUUCAGCGCCAAUCUUUACCUCCAAUUGCCAGGUACUGGUGGCGGUGAACUUCUCAUCUAUGACUUAGAAGUGCGUUCGCGCUUCGAAUUUUACCAAAAUGCUAGCACGCUUGCUCUUCUCACCACCGCCGGAGAAGCUGGCCAAGAUAUUCUGAGAGCUCGAUUGCCAAAACCCAAGAUGAUCAAGCCAGUAGCAGGAGAUCUGAUUUUAAUAUGUGCGCAGCGGCCGCAUGCCGUGGCGGGCUUUCCCCUGGGCACGCGCGGAGCCAUGGCCAUAGCCACAGGACGACAUCUUGCGCCAGGCGCAGUCUUCCUCCUGGUCCUAUGUCUUGCUCGUGUCGAAGCCUUCCUCCAACCUCCUGCCACCCCAGUUAUCCCUCACGCCUUGACUGAUGCUCAGGAACUCGAGCAGUGCACAAAUUUUGGAGCCGUGGCUACCAUGCCGGGUUCUCGCACCUCGUCUUUCUCACGCAUGUACAUGGUCUCCCUCCGGGACAAAUUUUUUGCCGCGGUCGACGAGGAAUUGAAGACACAAUUUCCCCCCGGCCAAGGUGAUAUCAGCCGAGUGCGCGCUUUCGUGGAAUCCUGUAAAGCUGGGACCGUACCUCCCUCGGCGCCAACUGAUCUCCCCUACUUUCAACCUUCUGAAGAGUAUGUGCCCGGCUUGACGGCUAAGCCGUGGCACGACCCUUACAGUUUCGAGUGGGUCCGGGGCUUGGAGGAGGCGACCCCUAUUAUCCAAGAGGAGCUACGACAAGCCCUAGGCCAAGGACAGGACCCGCAGGAUUUCAGGGCGGACAGCAACGUGAUGACUGUGAUGGGUGCAGGGUGGACGGCCCUGCGCCUGCAACGGCUGGGACUGUGGAACGAGGAUGUCUGCGCCCGCUUUCCCCGAACCCUCUCCGUCUUGGCCUCCCUCCCCAUUCCCUUCGCCGUCCGUGGCGUCAUGUUCGCCAGACAGGCCCCGGAAACCGGGGUUCAAGCUCACUCGGACGGGCGAAACUUCAUCCUGACUAUGCAUUUGGGCCUACGGAUACCCAAGGAGGAAGGCGCGUGCUGGAUCCGGGUGGGCGGGGAGCGACGGUCCUGGCAAGAGGGCAAGGCGUUGGUCAUCGAUACCACGUUCGAGCAUGAGACCGGGAACGGGAGCACGGAGGACCGCUACGUCUUGAUCGUCGACUUUUGGCACCCGGACCUCUCUGUAGAGGAGCGGGCGGCGUUGAGGUCAUUUUACGACUUGCGGAACCGCUUCGAAGGGCGGGGCGGGGGUACGGAAGGGGGAAAGGUACCCCCCCAAGGCUCGGAAAGAGGGGAGAAGGGGAAAGAGGGUGGCGUUUUGGCAGGGCUGGCGGCCCUCUUUGGUGGACGGGGGCAGUAG